UAUUGAUCACAAAACAUUUUACAAAGAAGACGGCCGAUUCAGGUCUAUUAAAGUAUGUUGUUAAGAGUCUUAAUUGGUCUUUGUUAUAUUUUAUCGUGACAGGACAACAGCAGUACCAAUGUUUGAAUGGCACAAUGAGUACAAGUGAUAUGUUGCUGUUGGACAAUAUCAUGAACUCGAUUUGGCACAAGUUUAAAAUCAUGCGCGUUAUUGUAGCAUUCCCUUAUACCUGCGAAGAUAAAAUGCUAAUUUACAACGGAAAGAGGCCAUCAACAGACGGAGAUUGUUUAUAUGAUAGACCAGUAAAGUUGAUAAAUGCAACUAACAAGCAAGAAUUACUUAAAGCCAUAAGAAAAAGUGGGGAAAAGCUAUCCGAAAACUAUCCAAUAAAGGCGAGCAUAUUCGAAAGAUAUCCUACAUCUAUCAAAGAUUGUAGCAACUUACAUUAUUACGGGCAUUUCAAUUUGAGCCGAUCGCAUGGGUACUGCGGUCUGGAUGGAAUUGUGAUGAACGACUUGAUCACACAUUUUAAUUUCAAUUUAUCUUUUCCUGAAAAUGAAACUUGCAACACAUAUGGUUUCGCCGUUCCCGGGAAUCUAAGUGGAAGCUUGGGUUGCAUCGCUCGAAACGAGUUAGAUAUAUCGUUCAAUUCGAGAUUUAUGACUCUGUAUUCGGAUGAGCACAUUUAUUAUCUGCAUUAUGUGAUCACAGAUAAGUUAUGUGCUUUUGUAAAAAGAACUGGUGUGAUACCAAUUUGGCAUGGAGCGUUUAACGUUUACUCUCCGCCGUCGUGGAUGUUUAUCAUAGGAGUGAUAAUGUUAAUAAGCGUCAUAAUCUGGUGCAGCGCGAUCGUGAACAAGAGACUGACUGGUGUGAAGAACAAGUCAUGCUGGUAUUACCUUUAUCACACGUUGACGAUGACCAUGACUGGAAGCUCACCGAUGAAGCAACGCACGUUGCUGCUGAUGAGAGGCUCCUGUUUAGCAGGAUCGGUUUUGUUUCUUGCUGUAUAUCAGGGCCACAUAAGCCGAGUAUAUACAACACUGCGACGUAUAGAACAAAUAAGUACUCUAGAAGAGCUGUAUAGAUCGGGCGCAACUCUAUAUACUUCUCCGUCAUUUAGAGAACUUUCCAAACAGCUGCUGAAUAAGAAAAACAAGUUACAAGUGGAAUUCUUUAAUCGAUCUCUAUUGACACCUCAUGAAACUCUUGGUGCAGAUCUGGUUCUGCAGCAGCCAUUUGCCACAUCAUUGGAGAGGAAAUCCGAUGCUGAAAUGGAGAUCCUUACGAAGUACUCCAACGAACAAGGACCAUUAAUCGACAUGGUAGCGGAAUGUCUACACAAUUAUUACCUGUCCUACAUUGCCAGAUCAGGUUUCCCGUUCUUCGAAGACCUCCAAGUUUUCGCAGCACGCCUAAAAGAAGCUGGCUUGCCCGAAGCAUACUACAGAUGGACUCAAAAAAUGCUUAAUAUACCCACUUCGAUGCCCGAAGACCACAGCAUACCACGGUGUUUCCGUCCAAUAAGGCUGAGAGACCAACGAGUACCUUUUGGAGUACUGUUUGUAGGUACAAUUCUAUCUCUUAUCGUGUUUGCAGCUGAAAUCAGGAAGGGUAAAGGUCGUAAUGUAAAAUAACAUAUAAACAAUAUACAUAAUAAAUAACAUA